CACAGAGCCGACUCGAUGGUAUUCGACACAUCUUUGUCCAAAAGUGGGCGUGGCUUAGACCGGAACUCGGUGACGCUUUGGUGUCGGUCGGUGCCGGUUGUGGACUUUGGGUUUAUGUAUUUUACAGUCGAUAUGAACCGCAUUUUAUCGAGGCGUUUUCUCAGACUUUCCAGGAUUCCUGGUCUUCAGCUGCACACCACUGGUGUAUGGAUGGCAGCUUCAGUGGAGGACUUUAACCAGGCCAAGGUUCAACUUGGGACACUGAAGAAGGACCCUGGCAAUGAGGUCAAACUCAAGAUCUAUGCCCUUUUUAAACAGGCAACACAGGGACCCUGCAACACUCCAAAACCAGGAAUGCUCGACUUUGUGAACAAGGUAAAGUGGGACGCCUGGAAGUCUCUGGGUGCUUUGGCGCAGCAUAUUGAACUAUACCAUGAACUAUUUGUUUUGCUCCAGAUGUAUAACGAGCUGAUGGAGGCUCUUGAUUUUGCUGGAAAAAAUGACUCGGUCAUUACAGUGUUCACAGGCAGCGGUGAUUUCUACUGCAGUGGCAAUGACCUGAACAACUUCACUAAAAUCCCAGAGGGCGGUGUUGAGAAGAUGGCUAAGGAUGCCGGCGAGCUCCUCAGGCGUUAUGUGAAAGCCUACAUCGACUUCCCAAAGCCUCUGAUUGCUGUCAUAAAUGGACCAGCCGUGGGGAUUUCUGUCACUAUACUUGGCCUCUUUGAUGUCGUCUAUGCUACAGAAAGUGCAACGUUUCACACCCCUUUUAGCAAUUUGGGACAGAGCCCUGAGGGUUGCUCGUCAUACACCUUCCCUAAAACGAUGGGAGCUGCAAAGGCCAGCGAGAUACUCUUGUUCAAUAAGAAGCUGACUGCUACACAGGCGUGUGAACUGGGACUCGUGACUGAGGUUUUUCCUGACAGCAGCUUUCAGUCUGAGGUCUGGACCAGGCUAAAGGCCUACGCCAAACUGCCUCCAAAUUCUCUGGCUCUGUCCAAGCAGCUGAUACGUCAGGUGGAGAAGGACAAACUCCACGCUGUGAACGAUGCCGAGGUGGACAGACUGAUCGAGCGCUGGCUCUCUGAUGAGUGCAUGCAGGCAAUCAUGAACUUCUUCCAGGGCAAGGCUAAGCUGUAACAAGAAAAUAUUCUAUUAACCCUGCAGUUUCAUUUACCUCCUGCUUUAACAAGCACAAGCUUUUUUGUGGUCAGUUUUUUCAGUACAACAUAACGAAGGUGAACAUAACCAGUGAUUAGCUGUGAGAAGAAACAAAAGUGAGGAAUAUGAAGCUUGUGUCAUUCAUUUUUAAUCAUUAGUUCAAUUUUAAUCCACUCAGUGACAAGCACAGAUUUUUUCACACACAAGUUUCUUUGUCCACUUACAGCUACUGUAUUAUUGUACAUAUCGCCAUCUAAACAUUGGUUCUUCUCUGAAGAUUUGUUUAUAUUGCGAGGUUAAUUAGUCAUUAACUAAAUUAUAAUUAUUAUGUACUAAUUAGCUACAAAAAUGAAAAUAUUUUUUCACAAAAUGUUUGGAAACUGUGGCCAUAUCAGAAUGAUACAGAUAGCGCUGUAUUACACAUCAUUAUGUGGUGUGGAUUAAGUUUUCUAAUAUGUUGAAAUAUUAACAGAUAUUUCUGAUAGACAACUUUGAUUGUUGUUUUUAUAAAAUGUUUACUGCAGAAAUAAAGUUUUAAGGCAAUGAC